AUGAACCUGGCACAAUGGGCACACAAACACCAAAGAGAAGGAAAAUCAGCUGCAGAUGUCCUGGAUGAGGAGAUCAAGGAGCCACGCUAUCUGGAGGCAAUGAUCACUGUUUUCAAAUUAGGCCUUGCGUGUACAUUGAGCUCCCCAUCAAGCAGACCGUCCAUGAAAGAUAUUUCACAGAUUCUUCAAAGAUGCAGCGUAAACAAUCAUAUUGGCUCACUCGCUUCUGCCUCAAAAUCCCAAUGCGCUGCUUCUUUGAGGUACAUAUAUCUAGCUGAAAACUCCAUCUCAGAGCCUGUUUAUGAUAUCAAUAGCCUAGGUCGUCGGUGCUAUAAUCUCAAGGCCCUCAACCUUUCCAGCAACUCCAUGGACCCUCCUGGGAGGGAGGUUGCUGAGGGUGGAGCAACCAUUAGACUUCGAAGUCUUGAUCUUUCUUACAACAAUAUUUCAGGGCAGAACACAUUUGUUAUGCUGUCCCCCAGUUAUUUUCCUGAUCUUGAGUUGUUGUCUCUGAAGGGUAAUAAAUUAUCAGGAAAAAUUUGGGAAUUGAGUUUUAGGAAUUUGUUAUAUUUGGACCUUUCUGCCAAUAAUUUUUCUGAAAAAUUUCCUUCAUUUCAAGACUGCUCUAGUUUACAACAUCUUGAUUUAUCAUCCAACAACUUCAGUGGUAAUAUUGUUGCCUCCCUUUCUUCACGCUCCAACCUCAAUCUUUCCAACAAUAAACUCUCUGGUGAGUUACGUGUUGAAACCGGUGAUGAUGAAAGGGGAAUUUUACUUUGCCUAAAACAACAAUACUGGGGAAAUCCAUCUUCACUUGAGCAGUGGAACUCCACUUCCUCCCCAUGUGACUGGCCUUAUAUUUCAUGCAACUUCAAUGGAAGUGUCACUAGGAUAUAUCUCUACGACAAGGGCCUCAAAGGGUCAUUCCCCUCAAAAAUUAUAUGCCAACUUAACAGCCUUUCUUCAAUCUAUCUCAGCACUAAUUAUCUAUGGGGAACUAUACCAGUUGGCCUCUCCAGUUGCUCAAUGCUUGAAGAGUUGGAUCUAUCUGCAAAUAAUUUCACAGGAAAAAUACCAGGUGAGUUAUUUUACAUGAAGACCCUUCUUACCUUACGUAUUGGAGAGAACAUGUUGUCUGGUGAGAUACCGACACCCAUAGCGGCUUACAGUUUGGAGUAUCUUGAUCUUUCAAGUAACCAUUUGAAUGGAUCAAUACCAGAUGAUAUGAUAUAG